CCACAGCCACCCUCAAGUUCACUACCAAAUUCAUUCUUCAACUCUCUCUCUCUCUUUGCACAAAAGCCUUCCCCUGCUCCUCAAAAUCUGCCCAAAUCCAUUGACUUCAACAGAAAUGUCAUUUACGAUGAGAAACUACAGACCCACCACAUUCUUCUCUGGUAUUCCCAUAAUAGACCUCUCUAAACCCGAUUCCAAACGCGCCCUUGUUAAGGCCUGUGAAGAACUUGGAUUCUUUAAGGUUGUCAACCAUGGUGUCCCUAUGGAAUUCAUUUCCAGGCUUGAAUCUAAAGCUCUCAGCUUCUUCUCAUUGCCUCUUUCUGAGAAGGAAAAAGCUGGCCCUCCUAAUCCUUUUGGCUAUGGUAACAAAAGUAUUGGACCAAACGGCGACGUAGGUUGGCUCGAAUACCUUCUCUUCACCAUCAAUCAAGAUUCCUUUUCCCAGAGGUUUCUCUCAGUUUUUGGACACAACCCAGAAGAGUUCAGGUCUGCUUUGAAUGAUUACAUAUCAGCUGUGAAGAAGAUGGCAUGUGAGAUUCUUGAAAUGAUGGCUGAUGGACUAAGGAUCCAACCGAGAAACGUGUUCAGUAAACUUUUAAUGGACGAACAGAGCGACUCUGUUUUCCGGCUAAAUCAUUACCCACCAAUUGCAGGAAUUCAAACUCUGAAUUCUAACAAUAUGAUAGGAUUUGGAGAGCACACAGACCCGCAAAUCAUUUCAGUUCUUAGAUCCAACAACACAUCUGGCCUGCAAAUCUCUCUUGGUGAAAACAACUGGGUUUCAGUCCCACCUGACCAGAACUCCUUUUUCAUCAACGUUGGUGACUCUUUGCAGGUUAUGACUAAUGGGAGAUUCAAAAGUGUGAGGCAUAGGGUUUUGGCAAACAGCAUGAGGUCUAGAGUUUCAAUGAUAUAUUUUGGUGGGCCACCUUUGAGUGAGAAAAUAGCUCCAUUGCCACCAUUGAUGAAGGAAAAGGAAGAAAGCUUGUACAAAGAAUUUACAUGGUUUGAGUAUAAGAGAUCAGCAUACAACUCAAGAUUGGCUGAUAACAGGCUUCAUCACUUUGAGAAAGUAGCAGCGUCAUGAAUGCGCACUGAAUUCAUAGGAUAUUAUUACCACAAUAGUUACUCUUUUUAGUAAAUGUUGUUGCAAAUACUUAAUAGCACUUUUUUCUUUUUUUAAUUUACAUAGAUAAUAUGUUAUUAUACUUUUUGUUUUACAAGACAAUAAUUUUAUUAUUACUAUCUAUUACCGUCUCACCAAGUAUUUUC